AGCAUAAAAGGCGUGGGUGCGCGGCCCCGCAGUAUCACCAUGUCCCCGCUGAGCCGACUGCUGCUGGCCCUGGCCCUGGCGGCGGUCCCCGGCAUCCAAGGCGCCUGCCCCGCGCCCGCCGAUCUCAAGAACGAGGACGGGACGCGCACGUGCGCCAAGCUCUACGACAAGAGCGACCCCUACUACGACAACUGCUGCGGCGGCGCCGAGCUGUCGGUACAGCCGGGCACGGACCUGCCCUACUUGCCCUCUGAUUGGACGAACGUCAUCUCGUCGCUCGUAGUGGCCCAGCGCUGCGAGCUCACCGUGUGGUCCAUCCGCGGCAAGGCCGGCAACACCCGCAAGUUCUCGGCCGGCUCCUACCCGCGCCUGGAAGAGUACCGCCGCGGCAUCUUCGGCGACUGGUCCAACUCCAUCUCCUCGCUCUACUGCAGGUGCCCGCCCGCCCCAGAGCCCGCACAUCCUCCUCCCAAGUGCCCAACCCCUGCAUCUGAGCCCCAGCCCCACCCCCCAGACCUCUGA